AUGGCUCGCUUCAAUUCACUAUCCUCGGGCAGGGCGGGAAUAUCUAGUCAUAGCAUAAGCUACAGCUUCUUUGCAUUGCUUUUAUUAGGUUUACCAUUCGCGCAGUGUCAGCUAGACAAAAUGUAUAUUAAUAUUAAUGAAAUGAAUAUACUAGUGGACGAGACACGACUAUUCAAAUUGAUACAAAUCGGUGAAUACAACACAUCGCUGCAAGUGGCGGCACAAAUCCAACAUCCUGAUAUAGUGCAGUUCAUACAAUCAGUAAUAGAUAUCCCGGGGUCCGAAGAACCCAACGCUACAGCAGAAUUAACAUACGACAUAUACGCGUAUGGGAAGAGUCCGGGACAUUCUGAAGUCACUUUUAAUGUCACACCGAGCGGUUUUGUCAAUCUCGAUUCAGUAUUUCUCCGCAUAACAGUAAUGCACUCGCACGCAAUUAAUGUUAUAUCCUACAUCAUGGGGUGGAUCUACUUCGUCGCGUGGUCGGUAUCCUUCUACCCGCAAAUUUAUAUAAAUUUCAAGAGAAAGAGCGUCGUUGGACUGAACUUUGAUUUCCUCGCUCUCAAUAUCAUGGGAUUCUCUAUGUAUUCAUUGUUCAACUGCGGGUUGUACUUUUCUAAAGCUAUACAGAGUGAGUACUUCAGCCGCCACCCCCGCAGUUUGAACCCCGUACAACUAAACGACGUGUUCUUCUCAUUGCACGCCGCCUUCGCGACCAUCGUCACUAUCGCCCAGUGCUUUAUGUAUGAGCGAGAAGACCAGCGUGUAUCGACGGCGGGGCGCGGAAUACUGGCCGCCUUCGUGGGCGUGGUCAUAGUGACGGCCAGCCUGGGCGCGGCGGACAAGCUCGCCUGGCUCGACUUCCUAUACUACUGCAGUUAUAUUAAACUGUGUAUUACACUCAUUAAAUAUGUUCCACAGGCCUACAUGAACUACAAGCGUAAAUCCACAGUUGGUUGGAGUAUUGGCAACAUUCUUCUAGAUUUCAUCGGAGGUUUCCUUUCCAUUCUACAAAUGACACUCAACGCAUACAACUAUGACGAUUGGAUCUCUUUCUUUGGAGACGCAACUAAAUUCGGUCUAGGACUGUUCAGCUUGAUCUUCGAUAUAUUCUUCAUCUUACAACACUAUGUAUUCUACAGAGAGGAACGGUUUGUUACUGACGAUAGUAGUGAAGAGGGCUCGAGUAUGAUGGGUGGUGUUGGAAGUGAAUACAUGUUGGUUCGGACUUGGGAUACCGACGAAAAGAAAUACGAUUUGGAAGCCAAGGCG